AGUAGAGUCGUUUGGGUCGUUUGGUUGCGGUGUUUAGCGGUGUAAGCCGCUUCUGAAAAAAUCCCAUCAGCAUUACAUUAAAAGCCUUCGGUCACUGUGGGAGCGUAAAAUUGUACCUAUAAUUCGAGUAAAAACGAGGUGUGUAAUUAUUUGAUUGGUCGUUUGUAACGUCCAUCGUUGUCAUAUUCGUCGUCGUCGUUGGUGUCCAUUGUUUCAUCGUCAAUUGUUGUCGCUGUCGUCGGUCGGUUAUGUCGUUUGGGAAGAAUUAUACUUUUUUUCCCAAUAACAAUAAUUGCAGCUUUCUUUUGAACUCUUUAUCUUCUUUGUGUCUUACAUAAUCAGUGUUUAUUUUUGAUUAAAAUGUUAAUUUUGUAAAUUAAAAGUCCCAAAUUAACACGGAAGGUAAAAAUUGUGCGGGUUUUUUGGGUUAAUAUUUUGUUUGAGUGUGGACAAAAAGAAAAAUAAUAACGCUAAUUAAAGAAAUCGAAAGUUCCCAUCAUUAUCGUCAUCAUAACAUAACAUCUCAUCAACAUCAGCAGCAUCAGUUGCAAUAUAAGAAAAUGAGAAUCAAUGAGUUUUUAGUGUCCAUUGUUGGUUUAAUGGUUUUAACUGAAUUAACACUCUUAAGUGAAGGUGUUAACUAUAAUUCAGCUUAUAACACAGUAGUUGGACCGGAAUUGAAAAAUGCAAUACAAAAGGAUUUGCCAAAGGAGGGGAAAUUUUUUGAGGAAUUCAAUGCGUUGAUCCCACAAACUUGCCGGUUUCGUGGUCACAAAUUUGAAUGUGGUCUUUCUAUAUCGUGUGUUCUUGGCGGUGGUAAGCCGGUGGAUUUAUGUUCCGGUGGCAUGAUAUGGUCAUGUUGCGUGGACAGAGAAUUAGACUCGGACAAAGAUCAAAAUGCUGCUGUAGCUCAAAAUACAAGUGAUAUCAUUCAUUUGCAUGACAUUUAUCCAGAUCUCGCGAACACCAAUAAACCACAUCUUCAUCUUAAUCGACCUCAUUAUCCGAAUAACAUGAACGAAAAAUACCCAUCAACACCUCCCAUUUUGUACCCAACCAAACGUCCAACAUCCUACCCCUACAAGCCUCUAACAAGGCCACAAAACUGGGAACAUGAAACCAAUCAUAUUAGCAGUGUUGGCCAUCCGGGAAUUACGAAUCAUCUGGACAAUCAUUUUGGCAUUGACGACACUCUUCUGGAUCAUCCGCAACAGCCACAACAAUUUGGUGUAGGCAACGGAAUUGAUAUUGGCGGGAAUUCAGCAGAUGGUGGGGAUUCUUAUCAAGACGGAAGCUAUCGUCCUGUGCCGGGCUGUGGAGAAGUCUUCACUCGAUCAAAUCGAAUUGUUGGAGGUCACUCAACCGGAUUUGGAUCUCAUCCUUGGCAAGUCGCUCUGAUUAAAUCUGGAUUCCUUUCAAGGAAACUAAGCUGUGGAGGCGCCUUGAUCUCAAAUCGAUGGGUUGUGACUGCGGCCCAUUGUGUUGCAACGACAACGAACUCAAAUAUGAAAAUUCGUCUUGGAGAGUGGGAUGUUCGAGGCCAGGAGGAGCGCUUGGGUCAUGAAGAAUACGGCAUCGAGAGGAAGGAGGUGCAUCCACAGUACAAUCCGGCGGAUUUUAAAAAUGAUCUCGCUCUAGUGAGGUUAGAUCGAACGGUGCAGUACAAACAGCACAUAGUUCCAGUGUGUCUGCCUCCGGCAACAACGAAAUUAGUUGGAAAGAUGGCCACAGUGGCAGGCUGGGGGCGAACGAGACAUGGUCAGAGCACAGUACCAUCAGUUCUUCAGGAAGUCGAUGUUGAAGUCCUUUCAAACGAUCGCUGUCAGCGAUGGUUCAGGGCAGCAGGACGUCGAGAAACCAUCCACGAUGUCUUCCUCUGUGCUGGUUAUAAGGAAGGUGGUCGUGAUUCUUGCCAAGGCGAUUCGGGUGGACCACUUACACUAACCCUAGAGGGUAGGAAGACUCUAGUGGGUUUGGUGUCGUGGGGUAUUGGAUGUGGACGAGAACAUCUACCUGGUGUUUAUACGAACAUUCAAAGAUUUGUGCCUUGGAUUAAUAAAGUGCUGGCCAACGAAAGCACGUAAGCUUUGAUGAUGACAUGACAUAAGAUGAUGAUGAUCAG